AGUUGAUGUUUUAAAGUUUCAAUCACAAGGUAAAAGAAUUUUAAUUACCCGUCAAUUUUGUACUCUCCCUACAUAAGUUAUAGUACAGUUGUCUAUUUAUUUUUUUAAAAUGGUUCAAAGAGUACACUAUCGCCGCCACUGCAAAUACAAUACAGCAUCAAAUGUUGUAAAAAAAGUUAAGACCCCUGGCGCAAAGCUUGUAUUGCAAAACGUCCAGAAGAGGGCCAAGGGUCCAAGAUGCGGCGACUGCAAGAGGCCGUUGGCUGGUAUAUCGGUUGUAAGGCCUCACCUCUACAAGAAUCUCAAGAGGAGAGAUCGUAAGGUAUCACGCGCCUACGGUGGAGCACGCUGCCACAGCUGCGUUAAGGAUAGAAUUAUCCGUGCCUUUUUGAAGGAGGAGCAAAAGUGCGUCAAAAAGGUCGUUUUGGAGCGUGAGCAGAAGGUAAAGUCCGUUGAGAAGGCCUCCGCCAAGAAGCCCGCGAAGGCUGAACCAGAGAAGCCAAAGGCCAAGACAGAGAAGAAAAAGACCGCACCAAAGGCUUAGGUUCCUAAUUUGUUGCCUAUUU